GCAUACUUUCAAUCAUAUCCAUAAUAGUACUCAUCUUUUAGAUACUCCCUUCCCUUAGAUCCUAACACUCAAAGUUGGAAACAAAACAAGUUAGUAACAAACAAGUGAGUGUGAAUCAUGGCUUCUGGCAGUAUUUCAGGGUCACUGUCUUCUCCCAAGGUUGAAGUGAUUAUUGACACUGGCAAUCCAUUCCUUAACCUCACUGUUGAUGGUUUCUUGAAGAUUGGAGCUGUUGCACUUACAAGGUCAGUUGCAGAGGAUACCUAUAACAUUAUUCGAAAGGGAAAUGUCUCAAGCAAUGAUUUUGAGAAAACUCUGAAGAAGAUGUGUAAGGAAGGUGCAUACUGGGGAACUAUAGCUGGCGUGUAUGUUGGAAUGCAAUAUGGUUCAGAGAGGGUCCUUGGCACCAGGGACUGGAAGAAUGCCAUGGUCGGAGGUGCAGUGACAGGGGCUUUGGCAUCUGCAGUCAGCAACAACAAAGGAGACAAGAUUGCAAUAGAUGCCAUUACAGGGGCUGCAAUUGCCACAGCUGCAGAAUUCAUAAAUUACCUUAUCUGAAUGAACGAGACUGGAUGUGUUGUUACACUUAGUCUGCUUUGUCUUUAUCUUACUGGUUAUGUAAUAAUAAACUACUUUUAAUAUCUUUUGUCAAUGAAAUGUUCACAUUUGGCGAAUUAACUAAAAGAA